AUGCCAUUACCAAUACACGUACGGUACGAAAUUGUGUUUUUAUCUAAUCAUCCAAAGGGCCCACAACAAAGUCAUAUGGACGUGGCAAAAGCAGUUCAUUGUAACAUCUCAACAGUGAAAUAUUGGCUCAACCGAUGGACACAAUCCAAAGAUUUAAUUCAUUCAACCCGUUCCGGUCGACCACGUGUAACUACCGAGAAACAGGACCAACAAAUUACUUCUCUCGCUAAAGAACAGCCAUUCUUCACCGCUAAAGAUAUUACAAAUCAGCUGGAGUGGCGAGCAGUGAUAGUUAGCAAGAGAACGGUAUGCCGACGUUUGAACGAAGCAGAUGCUAGAUACAGGCGGUCAAUGUCAAAGCCAUUGCUUACAGAACAUCAUCGACAAAAUCGUUUAAGAUGGGCCCAACAUCAUAAAGCAACUGACUGGAAUCAGGUGAUAUUUUCUGAUGAGACUACUGUCCGCCUGAAUUCCGUGAAAGGAUUGGUUUGGAACUUUUCAGGAAACAAAAAAGUCGUUCGUACUGUCAAGCAUACAAUCAAGGUGAAUGUUUGGGGUUGUUUCUCAAGUAAAGGUUUCGGUCGCAUCAUAUGUUUUGGGCAAAACCUCGACGCUAAAUUUAUGUGUAGUAUCUAUAAGUACGGUCUCUUGCCAACAGCUAAGAAACAAUUUGGUAACGAUCCGAGGCCGUGGAAGCAGCAAGAAGAAAACAAUCCUAAGCACAGGUCGAAACUUGCCACCCACUGGAGAGAAGAAAAGAGAAUUGAAAAAAUAGACUGGCCAUCGAUGCCCCCUGAUAUUGCUCCAAUUGAAAAUUUAUGGCCAGAGAUGGGCGAGUCCACCCUUUUUUCUAGUCAAGUCAAGUCACCGGCCUUGUCGAGUCGAGUCGAGUCGAGUCGAGCCAAAAUAUUUUUGUGA